CUGUAGCUGCGCUCGCGAACUGUCAUGGCGGCCCGGUGGCCUUCGCAUGUGUGUGUGAGUGUGUCGUGAUGUUCGCGGUGUGUUAGGAUGAGGCUCGUGAUGAUGAUGAGGGGUGGGAUGAAGGCUCGGCUCGGCUGGGCUCGGCUCGUGGCUGUCAGAAGCUUUCACGAGCGGACAGUGGCAGUGAGUUUAGCGGACAGGAGGAUGGAGAUCUCCACAGGGAAACUAGCCCGCUUCGCUGAUGGCUGUGCGGUGGUGAGGCUGGGUGAGACGUCAGUGAUGGUGACCGCGGUCAGUAAGACUAAACCGGCCACCGCUCAGUUCAUGCCGCUCGUGGUGGAUUACAGGCAGAAGGCAGCAGCUGCAGGACGAAUCCCCACCAACUACCUGAGAAGAGAACUGGGCACCACUGACUCUGAGAUCCUGACCAGCCGGCUCAUAGAUCGCUCAAUCAGGCCGCUGUUUCCCGCAGGAUACUUCUACGACACACAGGUGCUGUGUAAUAUCCUGGCUGCUGACGGAGUCAAUGACCCUGACGUCCUGGCCAUCAAUGGAGCGUCUGCGGCUCUGGCUCUGUCGGAUAUCCCCUGGAACGGCCCCAUCGGAGCGGUGCGCGUCGGCCUCGUGGACGGGGAGUUCCUCCUCAACCCCACACGCUCGGAGAUGAGCAGCAGCAAGCUCAACCUGGUGAUCGCCGGAGCCCCCUCCAGCCACGUGGUGAUGAUGGAGGCGGCGGCGGAGAACGUCCUGCAGCAGGACUUCAGUCACGCGGUGAAGCUCGGCAUCAAACACACGCAGCAGAUCAUCCAGGUGAUCCAGCAGCUGAGCCGAGAGAUGAAGAUCAGCAAACGCACUCCUGCCAGACUCUUCACGGCCGCUCCGGAGAUGCUGGAGUACACUCGACAGCUGGCGUCUGAUAAGAUCUACGCUGUAUUCACAGACUUCACACACGACAAGGUGUCCCGAGACGAAGCGGUCAAUAAGAUCCGUCUGGAGACGGAGGAGCACAUCAGAGAGAGGUUCCCGCUGUCGGAGCCGUUCGAGGUGGUGGAGGCCUUCAGCAGCGUCUCCAGAGAGGUCUUCAGGAACCUGGUCCUCAAUGAAUACAGGCGGUGUGACGGACGAGAUCUGACGUCUCUACGCAACAUCUCCUGCGAGGUGGACAUCUUCAAGCCCCUCCACGGCUCGGCUCUCUUCCAGAGGGGUCAGACACAGGUGCUGUGCUCCGUCACGUUCGACUCUCUGGAGUCCAGCAUGAAGACAGACGUGAUAACCACCGCGCUCAGUGGAGUCAAGGACAAGAACUUUAUGCUGCACUAUGAAUUUCCUCCGUAUGCCACCAACGAGAUCGGGAGAGUGGGAGGAAUGAACCGGCGGGAGCUGGGUCACGGAGCGCUGGCAGAGAAGGCGCUGAGGCCCGUCGUUCCUCCAGAUUUCCCCUUCACCAUCCGCGUCACGUCUGAGGUGCUGGAGUCCAACGGCUCGUCCUCGAUGGCCUCGGUGUGUGGCGGCAGUCUAGCGCUCAUGGACGCAGGUGUGCCCAUCUCCAGCGCUGUAGCUGGAGUCGCCAUCGGCCUCGUAUCUAAAGCCAACCCCGAGAAAGCGUCAGAGAUCCAGGACUACCGGCUGCUGACCGAUAUUCUGGGCAUAGAGGACUACAACGGAGACAUGGACUUCAAGAUGGCGGGCAGCAGUAAAGGGAUCACGGCUCUGCAGGCGGACGUUAAGAUCCCAGGACUUCCUCUGAAGAUCGUGAUGGAGGCCAUCCAGCAGGCCACAGUGGCCAAACGAGAGAUUUUAGGCAUCAUGAAUAAGGUCAUCUCCCAACCCAGGAGCUCCAGGAAGGAGAACGGCCCGCUCGUCGAGAACGUCAAAGUGCCUCUGUCCAGGAGAGCUCUGUUUGUGGGUCCAGGAGGAUUCAAUCUGCGCAGACUGCAGGCUGAGACAGGUGUGACUAUCUCUCAGGUGGAUGAGGAGACGUUCUCCGUGUUUGCUCCGAGCCCCGGGGCCAUGAGCGAGGUGCAGGAGCUGAUCCGUGGGAUCUGCAGGGAUGACCAGGAGCAGCAGCUGGAGUUCGGAGCCGUCUACACAGCCACGGUCACAGAGAUCAGGGACAUCGGUGUGAUGGUCAAGCUCUAUCCCAACAUGAGCCCCGUGCUGCUACACAACUCUCAGCUGGACCACAAGCGGAUCAAGCACCCGAGCGCUCUGGGACUGGAGCUGGGCCAGCAGAUCCAGGUCAAGUAUUUCGGCCGGGACCCGACGGACGGCAGGAUGAGGCUGUCUCGUAAGGUGCUGCAGUCUCCGGCGGCGGCGCUGGUCAGGACUCUGAGCGACAGACACAGCAUCUCGGUGGGAGCGACCGGAGAACCGAGCCCGGACUCCUAGAGCUCCUUCACGGCCUCGGCUCGGUGUGGAGGUGACCCUUCAGCUGUCCGGGAACGGCCGCUUUCUCAGGUGGACGUUCUUCUCUCUCGAAGCGAGACACAAACACGGGCCUGAGAACAUCUCCGGUGUCUGAAGCCUUUAAAUCAUGAGAAGAGCCUCCUGGAGUUGAUUUCAUUAAAUUACACUUUCACCGACACCUCUUCGGUUUGCUGCAAAAUAGUUUAAGAAUGGAUGGAAACUCUUCUUUGCAAAGCAUCAUGGGAUUUUGUUGUUGAAUUAUCCUGUUUGUGAGCUGUUUGCGAAAACAAUUUUUAUAUUAAAAAAUAAUCUGAAUCAGACGUAACGUUAAGUGAACCGUGCAGAAGCAUCUAUCAUGUACAUGAUUACAGUACAGUCUCUCUUAAAAGUACAGUAUAAUAAAUACGAGAUGUUUCCUCUAUAGCAGUACUACAGUAAAAUACUAUCUGGGUUUCCCUUAUAAAAUUACCCACGGUUUUAGAACAAAUAAAACCAAAAAACUACAGGAAGCACAAGUUAACCAUGGUGUGUGAAAGCACAUAUUUAUAUUAACAGUGAUUAUAAAACAUGCUGCCAGUGUUAGGAACGUAACGACAACAUCUGUCCGUCACUGAGGGGAAAGUGUAAUUACAGUUAAGAUACUGUUAAAGAUUACAAGGGUGGUAUAUUAUCAUUCAUGUUUCAGCCACAGACGUGUUUAAUUGAUUUCAUUCAUAAAUUGUCUUCACUGCUCAGAGUUUAGGACAUGCUUAUUUCUUUAUUGUACUUUUAAGUAGAAACAGUAAAACCCUACACAAACAACA